CUGAUGGGUCAUCAUCUUAUAUUACCUCCAUGGUAUGACUGUUCCGGAUUCCAGUUAAUGGAGCCGUUCGUCAUAGGCAUUUGUGGCGGCAGUGCUUCGGGCAAAACGACGGUUGCGAAGCGGAUCAUCAAUGCGUUGGACAUUCAGUGGGUGACUCUUCUGUCCAUGGAUAGUUUUUACAAGGUGCUCACCGAGGAGCAGCACGUCUUAGCGGCCCGGAAUGAGUAUGAUUUUGAUCGUCCAGAUGCAUUUGAUUUCGAUCUUCUACGAGAAACUCUUCGCCGACUGAGGGAAGGUAAAAGAGUCGAGGUUCCAGUUUAUAAUUUUACUACUCAUUCCCGCGAGAAGCAAUGGAAAACGCUGUACGGAGCUUCGGUGAUUAUUUUCGAGGGCAUUCUUGCAUUCUAUGACCCACUAAUACGUGACCUGAUGGAUCUGAAAGUGUUCGUUGAUACUGACUCUGACAUAAGGCUUGCACGGCGAUUGACCAGAGAUAUUCUGAAUCGCGGACGCGAAAUUCUUGGCGUUUUGAAGCAGUAUAACACUUAUGUGAAGCCCUCGUUCGAUUGCUUUAUUGCUGCCAACAUGCAAUACGCACACAUCAUUAUACCUCGAGGCGGGGAGAACAAAGUGGCUAUCGAUCUGAUUGUCCGACAUGUGCAGUCACGCUUGCAUGAGAGAGAAGGCCGCAGUCGCGCGAAACUUGCCCUUGGUUUUGCCAACGGUCGCUUCGAUAAUUUCGCCUCACAGUUGCCUCCGUCAUUGCACGUCUUGAAAGAAACACCACAGAUCCGUGGUCUUCAUACUUAUAUUCGGAACCAAGAUACUCCACGGAAUGAGUUUGUUUUCUACUCGAAUCGUCUCAUGCGGCUUCUCUUUGAGUAUGCAUUGGGUUUGCUUCCUUUUGAAGAGAAAGUCGUGAAAACCCCACAGGGCACCGAAUACGUUGGUCGACAGCGGUCUGCGAAAAAUAUAUGUGGAACGAUGGAGAUCGCCUUGAGAGAAGUGUUGAAGGACUGUACGAUCAGCAAGAUGCUUAUUCAAACGAAUCCGUUGACGAUGGAACCAGAACUUUACUACCUACGGCUGCCAAAAGACAUACACCAAUAUCACGUUCUGCUGAUGGACGCAACUGUAGCUACAGGCGCGGCAGCUGUAAUGGCAAUCAGGAUCCUGCUGGACCACGACGUCCCACAAGAAAACAUUACGUUGCUAUCGCUGCUUAUGGCCGAGACCGGCAUCCAGAGCGUCGCCUACGCAUUCCCCAGCGUCCAGCUUGUCACUACCGCAAUCGACAAGAGUCUCUCUUGUGAUUAUCACAUCUUGCCUGGUCUGGGAAAUUUCGGAGAUCGCUAUUUUGGCACCGAGUUGAUUCGCACUUCUGAGCAUUUUGACUUAGAAUUAAACACUGAUACCUUGACUUGGGUUUAA